AACCCGUGAGCGGAUAGGCGUGGUUUAGAGUGGGUUCUCUCUCUUGUCUCACUGUGGCCACUUCCGGUUUCUCUUUAAACUUUUUGGGUGUUUUAUUUUUAAUAACAUUCACAAAAGGUCGCCAUGUCGAACAACAACGCCACCAGCACGAGCCUGGCCGUGGCUCACAAAGCCGUGAAGCAGCUGCGGCUCGAGGCGAGCGUCCGCCGGAUUCACGUCUCUCAGGCAGCUACGGAUCUGAAGAAUUUCUGUCUCCAGAACGCUCAAAAAGACCCGCUGCUGAUGGGCGUCCUCCGAGAUAACCCUUUCCGCCCUCCCAAAUCAUGUGGCCUGCUCUGA